UGCAUCUGCAAGUGUGUUGUUCGCACUUGUCGAGCCUUGCAUCUCUGCAUUUUUCUUCAAUUCCGUGUCCGCGGAGGUUUGGAAUCAACGAAGCGAACGUUCCCAGCAAAUCUUCGGAUCUCCAGAUCACACGCCAUCCCUCCUGACGAAGUUCAGCUUCGCAGAAGACCCGGAAGAGCCUCUAUAUAGUUAACGGAUCCCCGGUCUCAGUCUUUCAAAUUGCUUCCACCUUUGGCCGUUGGAGCGAUAACUGGACACCUUGGAAAAAAAACGGUUCGUCUCCCAUCAUCCCCGUUUUGAUGUUCGUGCCGAGGCUGAGGAGCAUCCAGCUUUUCAACCCGCUUCUCAUCGCGAACCGGAGCUCCGUGCCAAGAUCGGUCGUGCAGGGCCACUUUUUGAGUACCUUCGCUCCUUGCAAGCGAAAGGCUCUAGAGGGAUCAGCUCCUAGAGUGCCAUUUCCCAUCAGAUACAGGUCCAUCACCGCAUCGUCAGCUUUGAGGCAAGGCAUGGCUGAAAAAAACGAUAGUGGGAUCGAGCAGAUUCAGCUGCUCGAUGGGAUUCAGGAUUCAUAUGGAGGAGUCACUGUGGAGAUGAAGGAGCAUAUGGAUGCUGAUGUGUUUGCCCCUUUGCUCCGAGCUUCAAUAUCAAGCUGGAAACAACUGGGGAAGAAGGGCGUGUGGAUCAAAUUGCCCAUUGAAUAUUCACAUCUUGUUGACAUUAUGGUGAAGGAUGGAUUUAGGUAUCAUCAUGCUGAACCAAAUUACUUGAUGCUUGUCCGCUGGCUUCCUGAGACCCCCGAUACUAUUCCUGUGAAUGCUUCACAUAGGGUGGGCGUUGGUGCUUUCGUCGUGAAUGAAAAAAAAGAGGUGCUUGUAGUCCAAGAGCAUAGUGGAAGGUUCCAAGGUACGGGUGUGUGGAAACUCCCCACUGGAGUUGUGAACGAGGGUGAGGAUAUAUGUCAUGCUGUUGUCAGGGAAGUAAAGGAAGAAACAGGAGUAGACGCUAAAUUCGUCGAAGUCCUCUGUUUCAGACAAAGCCACAAAUCAUUUUUCACAAAGUCGGAUUUGUUCUUCCUUUGUGUGCUUCAUCCAGAAUCAUCUUCUAUUGACAAACAGAAUGUAGAGAUUGAGGCAGCCAAGUGGAUGCCAAUUGAGGACUAUGCAGCCCAACCUUUCGUUGUGGGAAACAAGCAAUUCAAUUUCAUGGCGAAGCUAUGCUCGAAGAAGGCUGAUCAAGGCUACCCUGGUUUCGCUGCUUUGCCCACAACUACUGGGAGUGGCAAAAGGACUUACAUCUACUGCAAUAACCCCGAUAAUGUGGAGAACUCUGCAAGUUCUAUGUAAUUCCUGGGUUGUGAUGCGGAAUUUCUUCCUUAGACCCAGGCCUACUGCACUGUGUGGAUCCCCACCACUGAUUUUGUGAGCCCCACAUGGGCGGACAUGUAGGUGUCACAAAAUCAAAGGUUAGGAUGGACUCGGUCCAAUGGACCUAGGACUAGACAAGAAUUUUCUGGUUGUGAUGCUUCGUAAACUCUUGCUUCUUGUGUUAUGGAUGCACUGAAUAAAUUGAACGAAACAGCUUCAUUUUGUGUCAUUUUGUAAUAGUUUAUGUCAAAUUCUGUAUACAUAGUCUGGUUUGAAAUGAUGGUUUUUGGAUGCAGAA